AUGAAAACUGCAAAAGCCAAAAGAAUGACAACUGGAAAGAAGUCAGAACUCAAUUGCAACUUCACAAGUGAAAGCAGUCAGGCCUAUGACUUUGAUGGUCCGGUGAUGUAUUGGAUGAAGAAGCUCGAUGACUACCGACAGAAAAACAAAACCAUGAUCUUCGGCAUCUCCUGGGAGUACCUCGAUUUCAUGGUCAGAAUGUUUCUCGCCACCCAUCUCGCAUCCUCAAAGGUCAUUGGAGAUUGCCGAAAUGGCCUACCGGGUGACCAACUGAAGCUCAUCCCCACAUCUCCCAACCACCCAUCACGCAAAUUCCGGGUCAUUCAGUUGUGGGACAAGGGCACCCGGAGUACCGCCGCCAGAGCAACAACAAGCGACAAGACCGUCCUGACGCCGUUCAUCACACGAGACCUGCGGACCAGCAAUCGGAGGAGAUGGCCAUCUCGUCGGGCUAGUCCUUUGAAAGUGGACCUCGUGGAAGAGGCACGCAAUGUGUAUGAAUUGUAUUUGAAGACACUAGAGGAGGUACGACAAUAUCGAGCGCAACGUCCAGUGUGGGAGUGUGGGGAGGACGAUGGUCUGGACCCAUUACCAGGCGAAACAAUGGAGGAGUAUUGCGCAAGAGUAAGACCAAGACUUCACCAGAAAUGGUGA